CUCUGUAGGGGGCGCUGUUUAUUUCGUCAACUUCCGAAGUGGGAGGAAGUUCGCCUGGUGUUCUAUGGUGUCUGUGCCGUAUCCUCAGCGCCCAUCGCGAUCAAAACACUGUCCCGUCUGCGCUGAGUGCCUGCGCUCUUCAGCAUGAACCGAAAGAGGAACCACUGCUAUAUGGAAACGGGCCCGUCCUCCGAGUCCCAGGCCGCCUUUAUGGACAACGCGGGGUCCUUCGGCCGAGACGAGGAGGAUUUGUCCGAGCUCGAACCCGACGAGCAGCUGGUGUGCUCGGUGACCGAAAUCACGGAGCACCUGGGCAGGAACAUCACGGUGGUGCUGGAGUCCGCGCUGUCCGAGAUACGCAAGCUGGUCAGCGUCCGGAUCAGAGUCCUGAAGAUGGAGCUCCGCGAGAAAACCGACGAGAUCGAGCUGCUCAAAGCCAAGCUGGAGUCGACGGAGAAGGACGGGAGGGGGUCUGGCUCCGGCAGCCUGGACUUCAGGAAAGCGGAGCAUCAACCGGGCCAGAAACACGGCGCCGACCCGAAGAAAGCCAAACCCGGCACGCCCGUGGUGAAGAAGGAGAACAUCAACGCGAUCUGCGACUAUCUGAUGAAGGACAAGAACCAGCGUGGCGCCGCUGAAGUGGAAAGCGACCACAGCAACCAGGCCUUUGGGUCCGAAGCGCAGCCGCACGCGUCUCUGAGCCUGUGGACGGAGAGCGGAGCCGCGGACGCCGACCCCGACGCGGACAUCUUCAGCAUGCUGCCGUCUGCCAGCAAACGCAUGUACGACUACGAAUGGAUGACAGGAGUCGAGCUCAACUCGGCUGAGUUUAAAGGUGACACUGAAACAAAAUGUGAAGAUGUUCCCGCUGUGGAUGAUGAGGAUGAAACUGAAGACUCUGAAGGAGGAAGAGGAAGUCUGAGGUCAGUGUCUGACCAUUUUCCCCUGGACGCUCAGGGCUCCCCGCGGGAAGAUAGGAGCAGCCCGGCGGAGGACAGCAUGGAUAGAAUGGAGCCAGGUCAGUUCUCCUCUCACACCUUCAUCUGCCCCUUCUGUGGAACCCUGUGCCCUGACUCCUCCUUCCUGGAGGAGCACAUCAAGCUGAUGCAUCACGAGGAGAGCACCCUGCAGUCGGCCCCGGGCGGUUCUUCCUCUCGCGGGGAGGGAGACUCGGGCGAGCCGGGCCGAGCCCUGGGAGGCACAGACAGACCCGUCGUCCGAGGCGCGCGGGAGAAGAAAGUGGAGGGCGGAUACGAGUGCGGCGACUGCGGCCGUCACUUCAACUACCUGGGCAACCUGCGUCAGCACCAGCGCAUCCACACGGGCGAGAAGCCCUUCGUCUGCCCCGAGUGCGGAGAGCGUUUCCGGCACGCCGAGCGCCUCAAGAGCCACCGCCUCAGCCACAGCGGGGCCCAGAGCCCCUUCCCCUGCCCGCAGUGCGGUAAGGGCUUCCCGGUGCUGUCCGGACUGAAACGGCACCAGCGCGUGCACACGGGAGAGAGUCCCUACGCCUGUCCACAGUGCGGACGCAGGUUUAAAGAGCUGGGCAACUUAUACACACACAUGCGCAUUCACAGCGGCGCCACGCCCUACUCUUGCUACCAGUGUGGGCGGAGCUUCAGGCACCUGGGCACAUACAAGAGCCAUCGCUGCAUGCCCGCUACGCAGUUAGCCAGCGGCCACAGUCCGGCGUGGGCUCAGGAAGACAAGGUGCAAACCGGGUAACGGCCGAGGGACAGAUGUGUACAGAAAAGAGGUCCGCUGCUUCCUCGACCGCUGGUUCAGGAUCCGUUUCGAGGGCCAGAAGAGGCGGUUCUGACAAUAAAACAACAUCAGGUUUCAUCGUAAAAAUACGAAACUGCGUGGAUAAGGACUUCUUUCUUAUUCAAGUUAGUUGACGUCAUCUUUAACGGUAACUUGCUGCUCGUUAAAUGGUCGUUUUUGGAAUAUUUUGCAAUAAUUUCUUCCAACGUCUAACAUGAAAGGCAUUUGAGUGUCCAUACACAGUAUUUCAAGACUGCACUAAAUAUCAUUUCACGUGUUUUAAUUGUCCUUUUUUUAUUAUUUAGAUUUUUUUUUUUGAAAAAAGUGAUUCUGACCACAGUGAAAUAUGCCUUAAAAAAACUAAUUCAACAAUAGUGAGACUUUAAGUUAUAUAAUUAUACAUUAAUAAUGAUUCAACACCACAUUCCCUCUACCACCCUUACAAAAAAAGUACCAUGGUUUGAAAUUGUAAUACUAUAUAUAUAUAUUAUAUAAUCAUUCAAAAUUUUAGGGUUGGUAAUUUUCUUAUUUGUUCAAAAAUACAGUUUAAAUGAUAAUAAUGUAUAAUAUUGUUACAAUUUAAAAUAAGUUUUCUAUUUGAAUACAUUUUGAAAUGUAAUUUAUUCAAGUGAUGGCAAUUUUACUCUAGUUUUCAGUGCCAGGUUAUCUUUCAUAAAUCAUCUAAUACGCUGAUUUGGUGCUUAAGAAUCAUUUCAUAUUGUCCGUUUUGAAAACAGCUGUGCUGUUAUACUUUUCUGAAAACAGUGAUGCAUGUUUUCAGGGUUCUUUAAUAUAUAUAUUUUUUUUAAACAUUGGAAAUGUUUUUUUUUUUUUUUUUUUUUUUUUUUUUUUAAACGCCUUAGAUCAACUAAAAUAAAACUAUUCAUAAAAAAAAAUAAUAAAAAAUAAAACAAAAAACUUUUGAUUGAUUGUCAAAGACGUCAGUCAAAAAUGGGUCAAAAAACAGGUCAAAUAUGCAAAUCAAAAACUUGACACGGCAUUGAUUUGAUGUAAAUUGAACGUCAAACAUAUUGACCUACAUACAUUAAACCAAAUCAGUAUGGGAUUAACUAUUUUACUUAUUUACCACUGAAUUUAAAAUGAUGCUACAGCAUCUUGAUCAAGUUAUAUUUUAUGUCAAAUUGAAGGUGCUGGCAUGGUGUGUGUCUAAAUCCAAAUCCAAUCUUUAGUGUCCAAUAAUGAAGUCUGAUCAUAAAUGUCUGUGAAAAUGUGUAAAACAAGAAAUAAUAUUUGAUAUAUUUACAAGAUGCAUUCUAAUAGCUAAGUGCUAUUAGGGUUGCUCAGCAUACAACUAAUGCAUCAGUUUUCAUUAUUAAAAUCAUGAUGCCGAAAUGAUUAAAUUGCACUGCUAUGUCAUUUUGAAAAGAUGCAUUUAAAGCAGCGCCGUUUUGAGCGCGCGAGUGCCACCGUGUGGAUGACACACGUUACUGCAUCGUCGGGACGGUAUGUGUGUUUUAAUUACGUGAUCGCACUGUUAACACCUUUUUUUAAUUUAUACUAGUGAAUUUGUUUAUAAAUAUGUCUACCUGUAUUUUAACGACUUAUACGUUUGGGGGAAGUACACCUUAACGAGAAUAAAGUGGAUUUAGAAAAGAUGCGUUAUUCAGAAAUGAACCUGCACGCGCUUGAUGGGGAAAGACCGUACGACGUUAAGACAUGCAAGCAAUCCAUAAGACUUUUUCUAUAGCGCUGGUCUCAAAAUAGCCUGAACAUUACCGAUUAAAUAGCACAGAAAAGGUACGAUUUGUCGUGUCCCGGUAAUGACGUUAAAUGAUCCGUAUAAGGCAAACUGUACUGAAAUAACUGAACUGUAACUAAUAAAUACUCUUAAGAUAUGACUCGAGUUGUAUUUGUAAGCGGUUGUUGACAUCAUGUCAUGCUAUUGAAGCACAUUAAAUAUAACACUUGUGUAUGAA